AUGUCUCUCCCAGCAAACAUUUUCGCAUCAUUAUCAGUCCCAUCUGUGGACACAUCACCAUCAUCACUAUCGUCUGAUAAAAGAGAAAAAAGGAUGCGCGUUGAUCAAGUUGACCGGAUCAGCAAACUUCCGGACCAUGUGUUGCUCAAGAUCCUUGGGGAAUUGUGCACAGAAGAAGCAGUCCAGACAAGUAUUUUGUCUAAACGAUGGGAAGGUGUUUGGAAGCAAAUGCCUUUUCUCAACUUUGAUAUGAGAAAAACUAUUGAGUUUGAAAAAUCUGAUCUAGCCGAUCGUUCUCAUGAUCAUAUUGCUCAACUGAUAACUAAGGUUAUAAACAAUCACGAUGGCUAUCUGGAUUGCUGCAAAAUCAAACAUUUCUCAAUCCAAUCUAAAGACGGUACGGUCGAAACUUGGAUCCGAACACUGACUCAUGUGAAACACACCAAAUAUCUCGCACUUUUCAACAUUCGUAGUCGUCGUUGGAGACCAGGUCAUGUGCUCUACUUGUCCCCAAACACAUUCUCCCAUCCAGCCCUAAUAUCACUCUUCCUAUUUCGAUAUGAUUUAGAAUUUGCACAUGCCUUCAACAAUUGCCAUAAUCUCAUCACUCUCAGACUUGAGAAAAUUUGCGCUGAGGUUGGUGUGUUCAACACAAUCCUUGCAUCGUGCCCCUCCCUCAAGUGGCUGGUACUAGAUAUCACGUGGUUCAGCGAACGUGGUUGUUUGAAGAUUCAUAACAACAAUCUAAAGCUCUUGCAUCUGGCUUGCACUUAUAUUGAUUGCAUUGAUGUGUCUGCACCUCUUCUGGAAAUCUUCUCUAUAAACUGUACUUUUGUUACGAGGGAUAAUUUCCUGCUUGCAGCCCCUAGAAUACUUGAGUUUAGUAAAAACUCUUGGGUUGCAGCAGAAUAUAUGCCUCACAUAAGCUACAACAUUUCAUGCUAUGCUCAGGGGAACCAAAGCAGUGGGCAUGAAUACACAGUGAGGAGUUAUGCUUACUAUCUGAGAUGUUUUACAUCUUUUGCGGUGAAUGUCGAUUUGAUGAAUCAGAAAGAAGUUUAUAUGCUAAAGGAAGUUUUAGAUGCGUGGGGUGGAGAUGUGAGAAAGCUCGAGAUCUUCUUCAAGCAUAACAAUGUUUGUAAGGAAGAAGGUGAAUCUUCUAAUGACGGAGCACCAAAGAAGAAAGGGGAAUAUUUCAACCUCAAAGCUGAUAUCCGCGUAAAAGAAGUGUGGAUGUAUAACUUCAAUGGCUUGAAUAAGGGCGAACUUUGGUUAGCUUCACGUUUUGUGAUGCAAGGAACGAUGUUGAAGAAGUUGAUGAUCAAGACGUCUUCGAUUUAUGCAAACAACAAGUUGGAGAUAAAAGUGGCAAUGGACAAACUAAUGGAACUUCCAAAAGGUAACGAGGAGCUAAGUAUUGAAUUCUACUGA